AUGAGGAGCAUUUUCUGCUCCGUUCUGCUGAGUUCACUCGUCACCUUUCUGGGGACCCCCACAGGUGCAGCUCUGGAGGAAUCCUCGAUGGGGUUCGUGGAUCUGCCUCAAACUAAGGUUGGGUUUCCACGCAUCACUCAUGUGUCUGACGUGAAGGCGUCCGUUGAAGACCACGCAGCCGCGUCCCGACGGAAGAGGAACAUUUUCUACCAGAAUGGACUAAGGCUGUGUGGACAAGAAACCUCCGAGCAGGUCGUGUCCAACCACCUGAACUACUUUUAUCUCCGAGACAUAAGAAAAGAAGAGGAGGAGGCAGCUGUCACUGCAGGAAGAGUGGAGGAAAGUCCACUGCUGAAUGAAAUCACCGUGCAGCCUGCUGCAGCUGCUGCGCUGGAGCAGGUGGUGGAGCUGAGCAUCCUCCUGACUGGAGAGAUGUUCAGCGAUGAGCUCAACGAUCCAGCCAGCCUCCAGUUCCAGGCGCUCAGCAGACACCUGGCCGAAAAGAUUGAAGAGGCUCUUGACAUGCUGCCUGGGUUUAAGAGUGUGUCUGUAUUGGACUUCAGGAUGGACGGCAUCAUCGUGGACUACGCGGUCACGGUGCUGGUGAACGGAGAGGGAGUGAGCUCUGAACAGCUGAACUACCUGACCUUACAGUCCAACCAGGUGGAGAGCUCGUACCGCAAAACCAAGGAGCUCUCCACGGCGGUCUACAGCCAGAACAAGAACGACCAGCAGAGCGGUCAGCGCCGUCGAUGACCUGCCAGAGGUCUUAACGUUGGAGGAAGAUGACCUGCCUGAAGCUUCAGAAACCAACACUGUGGCCACAAUGGAAAAGGACAUUGUUGUCCAGGAGGAAAGGGGAGGGUCUCCUGCUGUUGCCCUCGCCACCACGCCACCUGAAACCAGCAGAGUUGAGGAGGAGAGUCUGGGGUCAGAAGAAACUGUGCCGAGUCCAGAAGCCCCUCAAGGGUCCGUCCCCCCUGAAGAACCGUCCCCAGCGCUGACGGAGAGCGCCACGCUUCUUGAACCCCCAGUGGAAAUAGAGGCCUCUGGUACAGGUCUGAAAGAUCCAGCACCUGCAGGGAACGUGGAAGUGUCUGUUGGAGAUGAUGUCCCAGUAGAUGGAUUAAGGACAGAAGAAAGCAGCAUCUGUACAGAUGACUGCAGGGAAGAAAAACAAGUGGAUGCCUCUGCAGAGGAGGUGCAACAUCCUCCUGCUGGGGAGGAUCUGGGUGAAGUCUUGGUAGAUGAGGUUUCAGAGAGUCCAGAAGAACUCCCUACAGCUCUGCUUCCUGAGACUCCUGAACCUGUAGAGACGCCAGAAGAACCUCCCGAUGCAAACAAGGAAGUUGAAUCGAUCCAUCUUGAGCAGCCUACAUUUGAAGAUCUGGAUGAGACGAUAACCAGAGAGGACGGGAACGUGAUAGAGGACACCUUCUCCGAGGCCCCAACUGUGGAGGAGGAGGUGCCACGAGCGACAAAGAUCUCAAAUGAAGACCUCACCGAGGAUGAGAUUUUACUGUUGGACAAAGACAUCCCUGAACCACCAGUGACAGAUCAUCCAGACCCUGAAAAACCGACCGUGUUGACUCCAGGAGUGGAAUUGGCCUUCACCGUGGUCUCGAUCAUUCAUCCGGAUUCUGAGGGCCAGCCUGUCGCAGCCGGCACUUCCGUGGUGGAGGUACUCAGGAGGUUUUCUCAAUGUCUCACAUGA